AUGCGGAUAAGAUAAUUUUCUAAUUGUAUAUAGUAGACAAAACUCUCCUACUAUAUUCUACCUCAAAACAACACUCAACUUUCAAUCUCUCACUCUCAAAAUGGAAACUUUAGAAACUGAGGCACCACCAAGCAGUAACUUACGAGAAAAGUCCACCAUAGACGAAGAUGAGCAGUCACCAAUCGAGCAAGUCCGGCUAACUGUACCAACCACCGACGACACCUCACUCCCUGUAUGGACAUUUCGAAUGUGGACACUGGGCCUUCUCUCUUGUGCCCUUCUCUCCUUCCUCAACCAAUUCUUCUCUUACCGCAGAGAGCCCCUCAUCAUCACCCAGAUCACCGUCCAAGUUGCCACCCUCCCCAUCGGACGACUCAUGGCCUCUGUUCUCCCCACAAACAAGUUUCGCAUCGGGUCCCGCGAGUUUUCGCUCAACCCAGGUCCCUUUAACAUGAAGGAACACGUUCUCAUCUCUAUAUUUGCUAAUGCUGGAAGUGCUUUUGGGAAUGGCCCAGCUUAUGCUGUCCACAUCUUUGACAUUAUAAAGGCUUUUUAUCGAAGGAAUAUCUCUUUCUUUUCUGCUUGGAUUCUUAUCAUCACAACCCAGGUCUUGGGAUACGGCUGGGCUGGGCUGUUGAGGAAGUAUGUGGUGGAGCCGGCUCAUAUGUGGUGGCCAAAUACACUUGUUCAAAUAUCACUCUUCAGGACAUUGCAUGAAAAAGAAAUAAAAGAGGAUGGCAAGAAGCCCAGUCUAUCAAGAGUGAAAUUUUUUGUGAUCGCACUAGUUUGUAGCUUUUGCUGGCAAUUGUUCCCUGGAUACCUCUUUCAAACCUUACAAAGCAUCUCAUGGGUCUGCUGGGCCUUCCCAAAGUCAGUGACUGCUCACCAAAUUGGGUCAGGUUUGCAUGGACUUGCGGUUGGAGCCUUGACCUUGGAUUGGACAACGGUGGCUUCAUUCCUAUUCAGCCCUCUAAUAAGUCCCUUCUUUGCAAUUGUCAAUGUCUUCGUUGGCUUUGUAUUGAUUAUCUAUAUUGUGAUUCCCAUUGCCUAUUGGGGGAUGAACGCAUACAAUGCUAAAACAUUUCCCAUUUAUUCAGCUGACUUGUUUACUGCUCAAGGUCAGGAUUAUAAUAUUUCAUUGAUUGUCAAUGAUAAGUUUGAGCUAGAUACUGCACAGUAUAAGCAGCUAGGGAAGAUCCAUUUGAGCACAUUCUUUGCUCUCACCUACGGGUUCGGUUUUGCUGCUAUUGCAGCUACACUUUCCCAUGUGGCUUUGUUCUAUGGAAGGGAGAUUUAUGAUCGAUAUCGAGCUUCUUCCAAGGGUAAGGAGGAUAUUCACACAAGACUGAUGAAGAAUUACAAAGACAUUCCUUCAUGGUGGUUUCAUUUGCUUCUGAUUGUUACCAUCGCAGUCUCGCUUGUACUUUGUAUCUUCCUGAAAAAGGAGGUCCAAAUGCCAUGGUGGGGGCUUAUAUUCGCAGCUGCACUUGCCUUCAUCUUCACCCUUCCCAUCAGCAUCAUAACCGCCACCACAAAUCAGACACCAGGGCUAAAUAUCAUCACAGAGUACAUAAUGGGAGUAAUAUUGCCUGGAAGGCCCAUAGCCAAUGUCUGUUUCAAGACAUAUGGGUAUAUGAGCAUGAGUCAAGCAAUCUCCUUUCUCAAUGAUUUUAAGCUGGGCCAUUACAUGAAGAUCCCUCCAAGAUCAAUGUUCCUAGUACAGUUCAUUGGUACCAUUUUAGCUGGAACAGUUAAUCUUAGUGCAGCGUGGUGGCUUUUGAACUCUGUCGAAAACAUAUGCCAACAAAAUCUACUUCCACAAAAUAGUCCUUGGACAUGUCCCAGUGAUCGAGUCUUCUUUGAUGCUUCUGUUAUCUGGGGUUUAGUAGGGCCUAAGCGCAUUUUUGGCUCUCAAGGAAACUACUCAGCACUUAACUGGUUCUUCCUCGGAGGAUUGUUAGGACCAAUUGCAGUAUGGCUCUUGCACAAGGCAUUCCCAACUCAAACUUGGAUUCCUCUCAUCAAUCUACCAGUACUUCUAGGAGCACCUGGACCACCAGCAACAACAUUGAACUAUACUUCCUGGAUUUUGGUUGGAACAAUCUUCAACUUUUUCGUGUUCAGGUAUCGAAGGAACUGGUGGCAGAGGUAUAACUAUGUCCUAUCGGCAGCUUUGGAUGCUGGAGUUGCAUUCAUGGCAGUUCUGCUUUACUUCUCAUUAGGCAUGGAGAACAGAAACUUGCAAUGGUGGGGUUCUGACCCUGAGCACUGUGAACUAGCAACUUGCCCCACUAUGAAGGGUAUAUCAGUUGAGGGCUGCCCUACAUUCUAAGUCCAAUAUUAAUGUGCCUAGGAUCCUACUUUGCUUAUGUGAGAUUUGAAAGUUUUAAUUACAGAACAGAAUUUAUAUAGGAAGGCUGUAAGAAACAGAAUGUCCUCUCUUAUUGUAAAUUAUUGAUCCAUGAAUUGCACUA